AAGAGCUGACACAUCACUAUUAUCCGCUACAGUGCCAUGCAGAGCACGUUAUCUUUCCUUAUGCUCUGCUCAUAUCAUGUUCAGGUAACUUGGAACUCGUAUAGACAUUUACACACCUUGUUUUCCUGCUCAGCAUCAGAGGAUGUUAGUGUUUCAAUUUUAACCCCUUUACUGGGGUUAUAUAUCCAUUUUCCCCCUUACUGACUGUGUGAGCAGUGCUCAAGUGAGGCGCAGCUGAAUGAACCAACAAAUCCAGUUACACACGGCUUACACUAAAACCUGUGUCGUACAACUAUCACUUUAUUUUACACGCCUGAACACCUCAGAAACGAAACGUUUGUUUUGUCUGCAGUGAUACAGUUUAGACUCGCAUGUUAAGCGACAACGCUGAAGUUUAUUAUCUAAAAUGCAUUGCGCUUUGACUUCCGGCUUGUGAACGGCGAACCAAUCAGCUUCGACUCGCCUCGCGUCCACAUGUGAAGUAAAUGUCAACACUAUAACCUUUAGACGUGUCAAGGUUCCGAAAGAAAUGCCAUGUAAAUAGUUGUGCUCGACUCUUUGUUUUCUUUUCUUAUUUUUAUUUUUUAUUUUUUAUUUUUUUUGAAGGUUAACUACUCUGUCUCUGAAGGACACGGAAUGGACUGGUUUUGUCCGCGGUGUCGCACGGAUCAAAUGUCUCGCAGCAUGACUAGAGCUCAACUUGUUGUCAUUUUCUGGACACUGAUCCUCACCAUGAUGCUGUACCCAGUGUUGUCAAUGUUGGCUGUUCAAUUGUACACGGCCCUGAGCAGCAGUUACGUCGCUGGACAUCAUUCUGUAUUGCUCAUCAACUGUCCUACUGAGCAAACUGCUAAAGAUAUUGGCAGACACAUUAUGGAGAAAAGGAUGGCAGCAUGUGUGAAUAUUCUCCCCCGCACAUCCACCAUGUUCUACUGGAAAGGGGAGAUUCAAGAUGCUUCCGAAAUCCUCCUGCUGGUGAGGACCAGAACUUCUAUGAUUCAGCAACUCACUGAUUUUGUAAACGCAAUACAUCCAUACCAAACUCCAGAAAUCCUCAGUUUUCCCAUUCAAGAUGGAAGUCACUCCUACUUGAAAUGGAUAGAUGAUGCAGUUCCUGAUGUAUAACCCAAUCAAUAUUCAUCGUCAAAUGAAAGUACAUUCCUGCUGGUUGGAGAAUGUUCAGAUCUGAUCUUUAUAGGCGGUGCUAUAUCCUGGAUAAAUCCUGGAUUUUUGGUCAAGGCAGCAAGGACUGAUCAUAAUUAAUUAAUUAAUAAAGCCACAAGAUGAACACCUCACUAAAUGGAUGAGUGGAUGCAGAGUAGUGUAAUGGUAAAGGUGUUACCAAAUCUUUGUGAGAUCACGGGUUCAAAUCCUGACAAUGUCAUAGCCAUGUGUGGCCAUAAAAGGAAGCUUAAUAGGCUCUGUUCAUUCAAGCAUGUUCAACUGCUCAGUGACUUUGCAUAAGCAGCAGUUUGAAAAGAUGUGGUAGUUUCAUGUGUUCUUGAAGGAAGCAUAUAAGCAUUUGCCCUCACCAGCUGGGAGAUGUUCUGUAAGAACUACCUAGUGGAAAGGGAUUUGCUCUGACUAAAUUGGGAGAAACUUGAAAAUGAGGAGAGGGGAUUAAAGGACAUAGGAUCUUAAUCAGAUAUAUCGAUUACUUCAAGGACCAGAGUUUAUAUGGAAUAAAUUAAGACCUGCACUUACUUAAAGUGAGCUUGUAAUCAUAGGAGAUAAGUGUGUGGUCAACUUUCUCGUUUAAACUGUAGGUUAACUAGUGUAAACUUUUCUGUUGAGUAGAUCACACUGAAUUAACAAAAGCAUAUACAAAUACAGAGAAACAAACCAAAUGUAACUAGUUAUCCACUAUCCAGCUACCGUUAUCUCUUUAGUUAAAGCAACUUCAUGUUUGGGUAACAGUACAAUUCCAAUUCCAAGGAUACAUCUGAUGGCUGUCAUUCACUAGUUUCCCAAGAGAACAAAUAAAUGUCUUAUCUAUUCAGCAAGAAUAAUGAUCGAAUUUCAUCACUUCCAAAUCCAUUUUUCCUCUUAUUAAAUUGUAUUACAUUGGAUUCUCACUCCAUCUCGGUCUUGCUCUUUCUCCCUUGAUUGGCUGACAGCUCCGCCUGUCACUGUAUCAUCAGACUUCAUUCAUGUCUAAAGUUGGGGCAUGAUAACGUUUGACAUAUCCUGCCAGCUGGGACCCAACUCCCAGACACAGCACUGUCUUUACUUUUUACUAUUACAUGAUUAUCAGGAUGACUCACAGUAGCUCAGGAAUUUUCAGCAGUUUCGUAAAUGCAGA